GUGUCUUUUAAGGCGAGUCGCGUGGCUGUGACGUUCUCCAAACGUCCUUUCGUGCUCAGUGGAGUUUGAAGGCUGCUGUCAUGUCUGCUCUCAGGGUGACCAGGGUGCUACAGCACAUCGCUAAGCAAGGCUGUAGAGCCCAGUCCACGGCCCCCCACGCUGCCACUUCUGCCUCUGCCUCCUCCCAUCCUGGCUUCAGCUUUGAGCUCAGUGAGCAGCAGAAAGAGUUUCAGGCUACAGCCCGUAAGUUCGCCAGGGAAGAGAUCAUUCCAGUAGCCGCUGAGUAUGACAAAAGCGGGGAGUAUCCGGUUCCCCUCAUCAAGAGAGCCUGGGAACUUGGGCUGAUGAACGGACACAUUCCAGAACACUGCGGUGGUCUGAACCUGGGUAUCUUCGACACUUGUCUGAUUACUGAGGAAAUUGCCUAUGGUUGUACUGGCAUUCAGACUGCCAUAGAGGCCAACUCCUUGGGGCAAAUGCCAGUGAUAAUAGCUGGCACUGAGGCGCAGCAGAAGAAGUACCUGGGAAGAAUGACGGAAGAACCUUUGAUGUGUGCCUACUGUGUAACUGAACCGGGGGCUGGAUCAGAUGUGGCUGGCUUGAAGACCAGAGCAGAGAAGAAGGGCAACGAAUACAUCAUCAAUGGACAGAAGAUGUGGAUCACUAACGGAGGCAAAGCUAACUGGUAUUUCCUUUUGGCUCGGACUAACUCUGACCCCAAAGCCCCAACUGGAAAAGCUUUCACUGGAUUUAUUGUAGAAGCCGACACUCCUGGGGUACAGCCCGGAAGAAAGGAGUUGAAUAUGGGCCAGCGAUGCUCAGACACCAGGGGGAUUGUGUUUGAAGACGUCAGAGUUCCCGCUGAGAAUGUCCUAAUUGGGGAAGGGGCUGGCUUUAAGAUCGCUAUGGGGGCUUUUGAUAAGACCAGACCACCGGUGGCAGCUGGUGCUGUUGGUCUUGCUCAGAGAGCUCUGGAUGAAGCCACUAAAUACUCUUUGGAGAGGAAGACAUUUGGAAAAGUCAUUGCUGAGCAUCAAGCUGUCUCUUUCAUGCUUGCGGAGAUGGCCAUGAAGGUGGAACUGUCUCGCCUGGCGUACCAGAGAGCAGCAUGGGAAGUGGAUGCAGGCAGAAGGAACACCUACUAUGCUUCCAUUGCCAAGGCCUUCGCUGGAGACAUUGCCAAUCAGGUGGCUUCAGAUGCUGUGCAGAUUUUCGGAGGCAAUGGAUUCAACAGUGACUACCCCGUAGAGAAGCUAAUGAGAGAUGCCAAAAUAUAUCAGAUCUAUGAAGGCACAGCACAGAUCCAAAGACUCAUCAUCGCUCGUGAACAUUUUAACAAGUACAAUGAGUGAAGAUCCGUUGGACCUUACCGCUGCUGACCACACCGCUGUGACGAUUGACACCUAGCUUUGGCCUUAAUUAAACGUUGACUGUCCAAGGACUGCAGGAAACUGUUGGCUAUAAUCUGACUGCACACAGGAUUGUAUUAGUGUAUAAUGUUUUCUUAUUUCCCACAG